UUUUUUUUUUUAUAAUAAAAGGAUGGCCAACGCCUCCACCGUUCAUGACUGCAGUCCGAGGUUUAUUUCUCUUUUUACAGCCCGUCCAUUUUCACCCCUUGUGCCCUGCAUGCAUCGGGAACCUGUGGCCUUGUAGAAGGAAAAGGAAGAAGAAAAACAGCUCCCCUGUGCCCCGGGACAACAGGUCUUGGUUGCCUGUUUUUAAGCUUACGCCCCGACACUAGACGAGGCUGUGCUUAAGACGCACGACGGACGGGUUGUGCGUCGUGUGCAUAAGGAAUCUCACAGGGUCGAGUAAUACUAGAGGAGGGAAGUAAGGAUGGCACAAACGAGCGCCGAGACCCCGUCAGUCCAAGACGACAGGCCCGCCGCUGAGGAGCAGCAGAAGCCGAGCGGCGGUGUCGGCUUUGCGCAGUCUGCCGACUCGCUGCAGAACGAGGCUCAGGAUGGUGUCAAGGCCAUCGAGGCCGUGGCCAUGACCUGGUCCAAAUGGGGCCUCAUCGUCGCGUACAUUGGCAUCUUCCUCAUGGCCUUCGCCACGUCGCUCGAGGGUCAGGUGUCGUACUCCAUGUCCGUCUUCGCCACGAGCUCCUUCAGCUCGCACGCGCUCGUGUCGACGGUGCUGGUGGUGCAAGGGGUCGUCAUGGCCGUCAUCAAGCCCAUCAUGGCCAAGGUCGGCGACGUCUUUGGGCGGCUCGAGGCCUUCAGCGUCUCCGUCCUGCUCUACGUGCUCGGCUAUGUGCAGCAGGCGGCCUCGCGCGGCGUCGACUCGUUCGCGUCGGCCCAGAUCUUCUACUCGGCCGGCUCGACGGGCACGCAGAUACUGCAGCAGGUCUUCAUCGCCGAUACGAGCGACCUGCUGUGGCGCGCCCUCUUCUCGUCGCUGCCCGACGUGCCCUUUCUGGUCACGGUCUGGGUCGGCCCUGAGAUCGUGAACAGUCUGCUGGCCACGGCGUCGUGGCGCUGGGGGUACGCCAUCUGGGCCAUCGUGCUGCCCGUCGCCUUUGCGCCGCUCGCCGUCAGCCUGUUUCUCAACCAGCGCAAGGCCAAGCGCGUGGGAUUGUUGGCGCAUGAUAAGAGGAAUAGGCGCGAGGGAGGGGCUAGGGGCCUGGGCGCGUCGGUGGCGCUGGGGCUCGCGCGGGAGCUGGAUAUCGUCGGCAUCCUGCUUCUCAGCGCCGCCUUUGCCCUGAUCCUCAUCCCGCUCACCAUCGCCACCAAGCAGGAAGGGGGCUUCGGCAACCCGAGCGUCGUGGCCAUGCUCGUUGUCGGUGCCGUCUGCUUCGUCGCCUUCCCGUUCUGGGAGGCGAACAGUCGCGUCUGCCCGCACCCGCUGAUUCCGCUCACGCUGCUAAAGUCCAAGACGUUUUGCGCGGGCUGCCUGAUUGGCUUCUUUUACUUUA